AUGGUGGCUAGGAAUAUUUUUGUAUACCUCUUCUCAGCUGUGCAGUAUACAAUUUAUUUGAAAACAUUGUUGAAACAAGCAUUAUAUGACUGCAGCCUCGUUAGAAAUGCCUUAACUUUUGCAGUCUUUUGUCUUUUUGUCACCCAGUUACAUUUUCGAACUUCUGGUCAAAGUACGAAAUCACUCGAGAAAGUGAUUUCAUUGUCCGUUGCAAAUCAAAUUGGUGGUGCAAUACAAAGACAGUUUGCAGACGCCUUGAAAGUUCAUGUUCAACAGCCAGCGAAUGACGGUUGGAAGAGGAAGCAACUUGAUGUUUGGUCAACCAGCAAAGCAGCUGGUGACGACAAAGGCUAUUCUCUGCUAGUUGGGCUAUUCCCUAUAGUUAUGCUGAUCGGAUUCAUAUCUUUACAAUUACGUGUGGCUCCAGGAAAUCUGAUCAGAACUUUUCAUGCUACAGCGAUAUACCAGUGGAACUUCAAAAUCUACAUGUCAUUAAGAAACAUCAGAUAUUUGUUGGAAUCCUCAAAAGUUCUAAACUCUUCGUACAAAAACAGGAACAACGUGAACUACUUGACAAAAAUGGGGAUUGCAAUAGAGUUUUGGUCUAUGGAACCGAGUUGAGACACAAAAAACUAUUUUUGUUGAGCCACGACGAAAAAACGAAUUUACAGAGGCAAUGGAAGGAUUUUAUGAAAACGUUCGCAACCCAGAGAACAAGGGUGCUGUUUCUUGUCGUUUGCCAAAGAAAGGUCAGCAAAACCGGGAAACGAAGAUUUAACUGUUGAAAUUGACGUUUUCUAUUGAUUUUUGUUUGAGACCGAAAGUAUGUGUGCCAGGAUCAGGUGACCAGCUGUGCAUUCACCCCAGGUUCUUGAACAAGAAAC